AUGAUGCAAUCUCACGUGACUUCCGAAGAGCAACCAGGCGAACCGCACCAACGGUACGACAAUGAGAAGAUUUUGUUGCGGCACUUUCGAGAUAUCCGGAGCUCCGGAAAUGUAAACGGGGCGUUGCAAUGGUUUUGUGCGCCAGACUCGUGGCAAGAAAACGUGACGCCGGGAGUUGGGCGGGAGGGGCAGGGUGGGAAAUGGUACGUCGAUAAAGACUGCUCCAACCUUACCAUUAUGGCACCGGCAAAGAAAGACUUUUGGCGAAAGACGUACUACGAGCCGAUUUUGGUGAAGGACGACGGACCUUUUCUGUACCACGAGCUAGACGCUUCGCAGCAUUAUACGGUUGAGACGACUUUUCACUUGACCGCUGCUAGACAAUUUGACCAAGCCGGCCUUUGUGUACGCAUAACUCCAGAACAUUGGAUCAAGACGGGUAUCGAAGUCGUUGACGGCGUCCCGCGCUUAUCCUGUGUCGUCACCAAUAUUUACAGCGAUUGGAGUACACAACCGUGGUCGGCUUCGCCGCCCACAAUGGAGAGUUCAGUGUCUGCUGAGAAGUCGGACGCAGUCUUUGUUAGGGCCCAAAUUCGUAUUCACUGUCGUGGGUCGAGUUUUGUGGUGGAGGCGAAAGAGUCAAGCAAGGAAUGGGAAUUUUUACGCAUUGGCCAUUUAAACCGGGAUAUGCGUCACACGAACGAUCCUUUGCGAAAUCACUCCGCGGUCGAAAAGUCCUGGAACGGGCCGUCGGCUGCCGAAGGAAAAUUGUGGGUUGGAGUCUUUGCUUGUUGCCCCGUAGACCAGCAAGGAAGCUCGGUGACAUUUUCCAACUUUUCGAUUGCGGCUGGUUCGAAAUUUGACCACAACGCGGAUGAUAACCACUAA